ACUUUUUAUUUAACCCAACUGUCUCUCUCCCUUCCCUCUUUUCAUGGUGUAGACCCAACUCUCUCUCUCUCCUAUCUGUCUCCAUUUCCAUGGAAGCAAGGGGAUGUGUUCAUUUCUCUCUAUCUCUCUCUACAGCCUUACAUGAACACUGAAGCUUCUCUCUCUCUCUCCUUUAUCUUUUCUUCUUCCCUUUGCUUAAUCCUUAACUGAGAAAAACGGGUAUCUCGUGAUCUUCAUCGGUCAAAAAUCUCGACUUUAAGGUAACUAGAUGAUGGGAUUGAUUACUAGAGUCUCAGGGAAGAAAGAAUCAUCACAAAUCAAGCUUUCCUCUGAUUAGUGUUUUUUUAGUUCCACCAUGGCCUCCAAGACUCCAGAAGGAUCACUCACCAGUUCCAGUAACACUAUCUCAGUCAACACUUUAGCAGAUCAAGUAUCUUCCACUCUAUCUCUAGCCGAUCCAAGUACCAAAAAGACCAGCGAGCAAGGCGAGAGCGGGAAGAGCAGCACCUGCAGACCGAGCACAAGCAGUGACAUAAGCGACGAGAGCACUUGCAGCAGCUUCAGCAGCAGCGUCAACAAGCCUCACAAGGCCAACGACGUGAGGUGGGAAGCGAUCCAGGCCGUUAGAACCAAACACGGCGGUUUGGGUUUGAACCAUUUUAGGCUCUUGAAGAGGUUAGGAUGUGGGGAUAUAGGAACGGUUCAUCUCGCUGAGUUGAACGGGACGAGGUGUUAUUUCGCGAUGAAGGUUAUGGAUAAGACUGCUUUGGCUAGCAGGAAGAAGCUUCUUAGAGCUCAGACGGAGAGGGAGAUACUGCAGUGUCUUGACCACCCGUUUCUUCCGACGUUGUAUAGUCAUUUUGAGACGGAGAAGUUCUCUUGUUUGGUUAUGGAGUUUUGUCCUGGUGGUGACUUGCAUACGCUGAGACAGAGACAGCCUGGGAAACGCUUCACCGAGCAAGCAGCAAAGUUCUAUGUAGCGGAAGUGCUUCUUGCAAUGGAGUAUCUCCACAUGCUUGGGAUCAUCUACCGUGAUCUGAAGCCAGAGAACGUUCUUGUCAGAGAUGAUGGACACGUGAUGCUUUCGGAUUUUGAUCUCUCCUUGAGAUGUACCGUUAGCCUCUCUAUAGUUAGAUCAUCAACCAAUCUCGGUUCCGAAGGUUUGUCAAAGAGUUCAGUCUCUUGCUCGCAGCAACCGGCUUGCAUCCAGCAGCCAUCUUGCAUCUCAAUGGCUCCUACAUCCUGCUUCGGUCCUCGGUUCUUCUCAUCUAAAUCCAAGAAAGACAAGAAACCGAAAACAGACAACGGUAACCACCAAGUGACUCCCUUACCAGAGCUCGUUGCAGAAACAAGCGCACGGUCAAUGUCCUUUGUGGGGACACACGAGUACUUAGCUCCGGAGAUCAUCAAAGGUGAAGGACAUGGAAGCGCGGUUGAUUGGUGGACUUUUGGGAUCUUUCUUUACGAGUUGCUGUUUGGUAAAACACCGUUUAAAGGGUCUGGGAAUAGAGCGACGCUCUUCAAUGUGGUUGGUCAGCCUUUGAGGUUCCCUGACUCUCCGGUUGUUAGCUUUGCAGCUAGAGAUUUGAUAAGGAGUUUGCUUGUGAAGGAGCCGCAGCAUAGGUUAGCUUACAAGCGUGGAGCAACGGAGAUUAAGCAGCAUCCUUUCUUUGAAGGAGUGAACUGGGCUUUGGUUCGGUGUGCCAGUCCUCCAGAGAUUCCUAAACCGGUUGAGAUUGAACCGGUGAAUUGUACUCCUCCUGCUGUACCGGCUGCUGCAUCUACAAGUGUGAGAUCUGAUCAGAGCAAUUAUCUUGAGUUUGAUUUCUUCUGAAAGGUUCUUUGAUGAUUUUCUUUUUGUUUCUUUGCAAAUUCUGCAGAAUCUGUCUAGUGUUUUUCCUUUUUUUCUGUUUUUUUCUUUUCACGUCUUGAACAAGUUAUGAGAUUUUGUAUCAUUCUUCAACAAUCUCUGUACCAUCUGCUGAAGUUAAAUGUUAUUA